UUGCUUCUUGGCUCGAGGUCUCGUUCCUUCUCUCCUCCGAGGAAUGAUGAGGUGAUUCGGAACACGAGCCAUGGGACCGAGCAUCUACUGCUGCUUGCCACGCAGAACCUAAACUCCAAAGCAACCCUGGACCUUCAGAACGUGGAGGAGAAGUAACUCCAAAACGUCUCGCUGUUUCAAGGAUGUUCUUCCCAGAUGUGCCUCUCUCAGCCAUCAAUUACGCGCUCGUGUUGGGAAUAACGUGUCUGACGGUCUUCUGCAACUUCACCAAAAGUUCUUCUGAGUUUUCAGGUUACCUGUCCAAAGUGUUGAGGAACUACACCGAGCAGGCGUGUGACGGCGACUUCCUGUCGGUCCGCUGCCCGCCCCGCACCACCAUCACUGUCCAAUCGGCUUUCUACGGCAGGAAAGGCCCCUCCCACCCCCAGCAGUGCCCGUCCUACCAGAGACACACCCUUGUAGGGACACACCCAGUGGAGGAUGACACGUAUUGUUACAUGUCCACUGCACUACAGAAAAUGUUGGAUGAGUGCCAGGACAGGAGGAUCUGUCAGGUCCUUGUCACCAGUGGUCUCUUCGGGACGGACCCGUGCCCCAGUAGCAGCAAAUACCUCAUUGUGUGGUAUAAAUGCCAGCCUAAUGAGUAUAGGAGUAAGGUGGUGUGUGAGGAGGAGAGGAUGAAGCUGAGCUGUAAACGGGGGAUGGAGAUCGCUGUCUACUCGGCCAUGUUUGGUCGAACCCAACAGGGGACCCUGGAGUGUCCUACCCACCACAGGAGGGUGCCCUCCGUAGACUGCCAUUCGGACUUGGCUCUCCAGGUGCUGACGGCCCGUUGUCAGGGGAAACAGAGCUGUUUGGUCCGGGCGUCCAAGCGAGAGUUCGGGGACCCCUGCUACUCUGGCACCAGGAAAUACCUUAGUGUCAUCUACACCUGUGUCCCAAAGCAUUUGCUGCAGCAGGUGCCCAGCCCCAGAGUGCCAGUGUUGUACCCCCCACCGCCCAGUGCCCAUGACCCAGACGUGGUUGAAGACAGCGCUCCCCCUGAUGGGACGUCGGUCAUAACCUCUGACUCUGUGCUCUCAGUUAUCCCUUCAGGCAAGAAGAAGCGAGGGAGAGAGUCGGGCUCCUACUCCGGGGAGGUGAGGACGAACGAGGGAGGAGAAGGAGUGAAGGAGAGCGCCCCCCAGCCUCCGGACAUGAACCCUGUAAUCAACGCUACGACGGGCAGCACCAACAUGGCCCUCAUCAGUAGCGCCCUGGCAGCCUACAACUACAUAGCAGACCACCCAGAGCGUGCAGCUCUCUACUUCUUGUGUGGCGUGUGCCUGGGCCUCUUCUUUACCCUCUUUGCUCUGGUGGUCCAGAUCUCCUGCCGCACUGACUGCCAACCCCGCCGUCGCCCCGGCACCACCAGCAAGAAGCGCCCGCGACCUGCCGACUCCUCGUCCGACUCCAGAGACUCGGACUCGGACUGGGACACCACGUCGGACCUGUCGGCACGCCGCCACCGCCGCUUCGAGCGCACGCUCAACAUGAACGUGUUCACGUCAGCGGAGGAGCUGGAGCGCGCGCAGCGGCUGGAGGAGAGGGAGAGGAUCAUACGAGAGAUCUGGAUGAACGGUCAACCGGAUAUACCCGGGACGCGCAGCCUCAACCGCUAUUACUGAGGCAGGACCGUAAAUGAACCUCUACUAGAUCUAGAAAGGGGGACUGUGAAGGUUGGAGCGCAGUACUUGAGAUGGGAUGUGUAGGACCACAAAUGGACCUCUGGGGUUUGGGGAUGGGUCCCCAUGACCUGUGAAGGUUUGGAACCCUCUGUCUGGGGAUCCCCCUGUCAGUCUGUCUGUAUCCAUGUGGGUACUCUAGAGCAAAGCCCCCCCUCUGUUUCUGCAGUGAGAAUAAGCUCCUCCUUCUCAGCAUGGUAUGCUCGACCGGAGCACACCUCUCAUUGGUGGAGGCUGAAGGUGGAAGGUCAUCUAACUGCACAGCCUUGCAUUUGACCUCAUCACACCCUCCUGAAGUGGAGGAUCUUGGAAUAUUUAGGCUGUGAAGCCUGAAAGGUGACUUAAGGACAGUUGCUAAUGUUACUCCAGUGUUGCCUAGUGGAUAUUGAGAAUUGGGCAGCUUGCUUCAUGCUCACUCACCCUCCAGUAUUUAAAUGGGUGAAUGGUUUUCGGAGAGGCAUAGCACUUACAGUGAAAUGUACAGCGUAACACUUAAGAGGGAAAUGACUACGGUCAACCGACGCUGCCUUUUGAACUUUGAACCCAAAAUGUGUUUUUUGGAAUUCAUCUCAAACCCUUUAUGAAAUGUAUUUUAUAUAAUAUUUAAUAGUUUUUUUUUUUGUUAUUGUGUAUUUUUUUCUUUACAGUUAUUAUUAUGAGAUAUUUUUAUACUGUGGCGAUUGAAGCUUGUCUGGCACCUCAGGGAUGCAAUCCUAGGGCAACGUCCCAAAUGACACCCUAUUCACUUUAUAGUGCACUACUUUUGGCUAGAGCCACUUAUGGAUCUGGCAAAGCGCUGGACAACAUUUGUGCGCUACAUAGGGAAUAGGGUUCCAUUUUGGACGGAGCCCCUAUUGUUUCUGUGUAUGGUAGUUUAUAUUGGCUUCCUAAGAAGGGGAUCAGGGCCUGUAUUUAACAAGUGUCUCGAGUAUGAGUGCUGAUCGAGGAUCAGGU